UUUUGAAACCUUCAGCCUUCAAGAUCAAGAUACCUGAAGAUCCCAACAUCAUGACCUCAGUUUCAACACAGUUGCUCUUGGUCCUCAUCUCACUGCUUUUGGUGCUGCCUGUUGUUGAAGCAGUAGAAGCUGGAGAUGCAGUCGCUCUCUUGUUAGGUGUGGCUCUCAGCAUUAUAGGCAUUUGCACUUGUUUGGGGGUAUAUGCACGAAAGAGGAAUGGACAAAUGUGA